AAUCGGCUGCUUGACGUCUCCCGUGACGCUCCUCCCGGUUCGGUUCCGGUUCUUUGGGUUGCCAUGGCGGCGGCUGCUGGCAGCCCCGGGGCGGCUUAUGAAUGUAAUAUCUGCCUGGAGACGGCCCGGGAGCCGGUGGUCAGUGUGUGCGGCCAUCUGUACUGCUGGCCGUGUCUGCAUCAGUGGUUCGAAACGCGGCCAGAGCGCCAGGAAUGUCCGGUAUGUAAAGCAGGCAUCAGCCGAGAGAAUGUCAUCCCAAUAUAUGGCAGAGGAGACGCCAGCCAGCAAGACCCCAGGUUGAAGACCCCUCCAAGACCUCAAGGACAGAGACCAGAACCAGAGAACAGAGGGGGCGUUCCAGGGUUCACAGACACCGGCUUCCACAUGUCUUUUGGCAUCGGAGCUUUCCCUUUUGGCUUUUUUACUACAGUCUUUAACACUAAUGACUUCCAGUCAGCACCACGUGUAGAUACCGGCCUCCCCCAGGGCAGGAUGUUUGGGUUACCCGACUCUCUGUUCCUCAUCAUUGCUGCCUUCUUCUUUCUAUGGUUAAUCAGCGUGUGAAGCCCGGGAGCGACUUUCCGACUCGCCCAGCUGUAAAGCCUUAGCCGUCAACAAGUACAUCAUCCAUCUGAGACGCCGCUGAGCCAGCGGCCAUCCUCCCCCCUGUAAACACU